GUGUCCCCGCCCCUCCCGCGCUCGGCCCGGUCUCCCCGCCGCACCGCCACCACCCGUGAGCGCACGCGCGCAUAACACGCACGCACCGUCCCGCUCGGACCUGCGAGGAGACAAACAGGGUGGAAAAAGCGCUCGAGCUCUUGAGUUGAAGCCGAACUCGGACACGAUCGGAUGAUGAUGAUGGCAGAUUCGGCGAACCAGUCCGCGCACAUCUCCUCGUCGCAGGGGUUCGACACCCCGGGCCCGGGCGGACGGGACUCGACCCCUCCGCCGGCCAGGGACUCCGUGAGAGACCUGGUCUACUGGCGGGAGCCCAAGAAGUCGGGUGUGGUCUUCGGGGUCUCUCUCCUGGUCCUCCUGUCCCUGGCCACCUUCAGCGUCAUCAGCGUGGUGUCCUACCUGCUGCUGGCCCUGCUCUGCGUGACCAUCGCCUUCCGCACCUACAAGUCCGUCGUCCAAGCCGUGCAGAAGUCCGACGAGGGACACCCCUUUAAGGCCCUCUUGGACAAGGACAUCGGCAUUCCCACGGAGACCUUCCGCAAGCACACGGACGUCUGUCUCUCCCGUGUGAACCGCGCGCUCAAGCAGAUGAGACGCCUCUUCCUGGUGGAGGACCUCGUGGAUUCCCUCAAGCUCGCGGUUGCGAUGUGGCUGCUGACCUACGUGGGCGCGAUCUUCAAUGGCAUCACCCUCCUCAUCCUGGCGGACAUUCUGGUGUUCACCCUUCCCCUGGUGUAUGAAAAAAACAAGACCCAGAUUGACCAGCAUGUGAAUCGCGUGCGCACCCAAGUCGACAGCACUCUUGCCAAGUUGCAGGAGAAGCUCCCUGGAGCAGUGAAGCGCACCAAGGCAGAAUAACCAUCUCGCCAGUGGAGCAGCCCCACACACACACACACACACACACACACCACUGAGACUCUGACCACUUGUCCCUUCCCUUCCCUCCCUUUACACACAAGCAGCUGCAAAGUGAAAAAGCUACCCAGCGCUGAGAAGCACCACAAAACUCAUGUACACUGGAACCGUGAUGCAACACCACACACACACUCACUCACUCACUCACACACACUCUCUCUCACUCACUCACCUGGAGCCACUAAUGUACGACGCUCUGCGGCAGGGACGGUACAGGCAGCGAGAGCCCAACCGGGGGUGUCUCAAGGAGGGUUGAUGUUGAGGGGUGGGGGUGAGGGCUGUGUUUGGACCUGCUGAGCGCCGUCACACUCAAGCGAAUGUCUGUCUGCAUCUGUCGUGCUUCAUGAGACUCGAGAUGUGCAAAUAUAAUGGCCGUGUGCGUAUCUGUCAUUGGCGUCGUCGCGUCCUGCCCCCCCCCGUCACGUUACCGUCGUCGUCGCCGCCGCUACCGUUUCCAAAGGCUUCCUGUCGCGGCGCAGAACAGACGGUUGCGUUCGCGUGGCCGUUUCAUCCGUCGCCGAGACGCGUGACCCGCGGAGGACGCGGGCCGAGCAACGCUAAUGGAAACGAGCCGAACCGUUGCCGAUCAUUUCUUGCUUGCUCCUUCAUUUUGCUUCGUCUUCUACACGUCCGCGAAUGUGUGACCGCAAAAGGGGAGGAGCAACUACAGCAUUCUCGUAUUUGACGUGCUGUCGUACUCGCGUGGGUUCAAACCGAGUUUUUACACCGAAUUCCCGGUUACGUCGACGGUUUCGUCAUUUUUCGGCUCGCUGCUCUCUGUUGGCCGCACGGGUCCUUCCUCGACUUGGAAGGAUUUCGCUCGGUUUCGGUCUCUUCAUAUUUGCUCGUCUUUGUCACUUCCGGCAGUAGAAAGUCCCUGGUGCGUUAGGGCCGUUCCAGGCGUGACGACCUGUUAUCGAAGAGCGUGCUUAUGAUUUCUGUUAUCGAUAUUGUAUUCUAUUAUCUAAAUAUCUAUUUAUAAUGUAGUCGUACUACUGACCCCUUGCCUUGUUUAAAAAAAA